CUCCAAAUAGCAUUCUUAUCACGUGCUCUGGCGUUGAAGUAACGCUACACCUGUUGGGGUAUAUAAGGGUAUGCUAGGAAAAAAUAGUAAAUAAAUCCCUAGGUACUGCAUAUAGCAUAUGGACUGCUUUCCUCUUACAUCAGCGUUUGUUGAUUCGGUACUUGAUAAUUUUGGAGAUAUUGCCAUAUAUUAGGACAUCAACUUACUAUUUUUGGAUUAUCAUUUUGGAAAUAUCCACCAAGGCAUGUCCAUAAUAAAUGGUAUAAAGAAUCCGUUGGGAAGUGACGGUGUCCCACAACCCGAUACUGGUCCACCAGACAUGUUAAAAUACAAACUUGCGAAAUUGAGCACUAGUUCUACGUCCUCAGAUGAACACGGCAGUGACUGUGACAGUGGGCAUGCAAGUGACAUCCAAUCGUCCAUUCACUCGGAUAGUAGCAACAUCUGGGGCACGAAGUUUAUCCUCGCGCUAAACACACAGGGUACUGAACACAAAGACGUGGGCGACCCACAAAGUGUUGGCUUCCUACCCGAUGGAACACUGGUCGUUGCAGACACAGGAAAUAAUCGUUUACAAAUUGUUACCCCAUUAGGGAAGGUACAACGCCGUAUCGGAAAAAAUCAAACCCAGCGACGUGGAUCGAGAGAGCGACGCAACAGCACAAGCUUGUCUGGUGUAGAGGCUAAUAUUUAUCCACAAUGUAUUGUUAUUACAACCGAAGAUGACAUAGCAUUCACAGAUGGUAAAGACAAAUGCGUGAAGGUAUUUACCGAAUAUGGUACGCUUAUUGACGAAUGGGGUAAAGGCUUCUUCAAAGAACCAUAUGGAAUAACACAGGCCAGUAACGGACAGUUCAUCACCACCGACACCUCCACGCAUCAAGUUCACAUCCACAAAUGUGAUGGUACACUUAUCAAGACAUUUGGUGGACGUGGACGAGACGGAGCCAAGUUCAACUCUCCCUACUUUGUUGCAGUUGGACGCAAUGACGAGACAAUCAUUGUAUCCGAUUGUUAUAACCACGCUGUCAAGAUAUUCAACUUCGAUGGUGAACUUCUGCGCACGAUUGGCAACAAGGAAACAAUGAAAAUGCCAUACGGGGUCGCCGUAGACCCAUUGGGGAAUAUCGCUAUAUGUGAAAAAGACAAAGACAGUGUCAGUCUGUACAGUGCCGAUGGGAAAUACAUUCAGGCAAUCUUCAAAAAAGACGACGAGAUACUGCAGCCAUGGGGCAUUGCAAUCGAUUCAACUGGGCGUAUUGCGGUGACACGUAGAGUGGUAGCUUACCCAAGAAGGAAGCCUCCACCAGAGGCCGCUCUUUUCCAACUGGUGUCUACUGAAGACGAACAGACGGAUGGCGCUCUCGUUAUGAUACCAGAAAGCCCGGAUGAGGGCACAGUGGUGUCUCCACAAAACACAGAGUUCACAUUUACAGUUAAGAAAUAGAUCGACCACUAAACUUAUUUGAGACAUAAAAUGACUCAAAGAAGUUAAUCUUAUUUGUUAAAUACUGUAGAUAGACGAUGACAUUGGCUUUGAUUCCCCAGAUUGGCAUGGCCUUUAGUCUGUUAAUAUAAUGUGAACAUUUUCUUAGACAGAUAAUCAUGUUGAAAGGCAUUAAGACAUUGCAUAAUGUAAAUAUACCGC